AUGCCUUUAUUUGAAGGAGAAGACGCUUGUGGUUGGGUUUAUAAAGCAGAACAAUUAUUUGACAUGCAAGGUUUGGGCACAUCAUCGGAGAAGCUUAGGGCUGCUGUUUUAUGCAUUGAGGGUCCCGUGUUGUCAUGGUAUAGGUGGAAUGAACAACAGUCUCCAUUUCAAAGUUGGGAAGAGUUGAAACAUCGGUUGUUGGAUCGUUUCCAACCGUCCCAAUAUGGUAAUCUUUAUCAACAAUUCUUAGCAAUUAGUCAAGACUCAAGAGGGUACUGCACGGGAGUAUGUGGGAUUAUCUGA